AUGACGAACCAAGAUAUCGAGAACAAGCCCGCUGCUGGGGUUCCUUACUUCACCCCGGCCCAGGAGCCCCCGGCUGGUACCCCGCUUGACCCGGCUUCGGCCCCGACACUCUUCAAGCCCCUCCGGAUCCGUGGCAUUGAGCUCCAUAACCGCUUCGGAGUCUCUCCUAUGUGCACCUACUCGGCCCAGGAUGGAAAGCUGACCGACUGGCACCUUGUUCACCUCGGCCAGUUCGCUCUGAAGGGCGCCGGCCUCGUCUUUGUCGAGGCCACUGGUGUCGAGCCCCGGGGCCGCAUCAGCCCCAACGACUCUGGCCUCUGGGACGACGAGCAGAUUGCCCCUCUCAAGCGCAUCACGGACUAUAUCCACAGCCAGAACUCGCGGGCGGCUAUUCAGCUCGCCCAUGCCGGCCGCAAGGCGAGCACGCUUGCCCCCUGGAUCGGCGGCACUGCUACAAAGACGCUUGCACCUGAGAGCGUGGGCGGCUGGCCUGAAGAUGUUGUUGGACCAAGUGCGGUCCCCUUUGCGGACGACCAUGCCACGCCGAAUGAGUUGACGGUGGACCAGAUCAAGGAACUUGUGCAGAAGUGGCAGGAUGCUGCUGUGAGAGCCGUCAAGGCGGGCUUUGAUAUUAUUGAGAUUCAUGGCGCUCACGGAUACUUGAUCACCAACUUUCUCUCGCCUGUCUCCAACAAACGAACAGACCAGUAUGGUGGUAGCUUCGAGAACCGAACUCGCUUCCUCUUUGAGAUCAUUGAGGCUGUUCGUGCCGUGAUCCCCUCCGAGAUGCCCCUCUGGCUGCGCCUCUCAGCUACGGAGUGGAUGGAGUGGAGCGGAGAGCCCUCAUGGGAUAUUGAGAGCAGCAUCCGCCUGGCCAAGCUGCUCCCGGCCGCCGGGAUCGACGUUCUCGACGUGAGCAGCGGCGGCAACGCCUCGGCCCAGCAGAUCAAGGUUCACCAGACCUUCCAGUCGGACCUGGCGGGCAAGAUCCGCGAGGCUCUGCGCGCCGACGGAAAGGAGCUGCUCAUCGCGACGGUGGGCCUCGUCGCCGACGGCGCCUUUGCCCGGUCUGUCGUCCAGGAGGACGAGAAGCCCCAGGCCGACUUUGUUCUCGUGGGCAGGCAGUUCCUUCGGGAGCCCGACUUUGUGCUCAGCGCCGCGCAGCAGCUGGGUGUGGAGGUCAAGUGGCCGAACCAGUAUCACCGGGCAGGACCCAAGCCCCGUGGACGGUAG